GGAGGAACAAUUAAGACAGCGUACGACUGUUUCUACAAUAAACACAAGGUUGGCUGGUACAUUUUCUCAUGUCAGACUUUCUCCAUUAUUUACUUUUACAACGUGAUUUAACACCGCAUAUUGGAGUGUGAACAAUACGAUGUCAUUAGUGUGUGCUGUUUUGAAGGUAGGUUUGCAUUGACAGCAGUCAAGCAUGAAUGUGAACCAGGGUACGGUGGGCAGCGAUCCAGUCAUCCUUGCCACGGCGGGAUAUGACCACACAGUCCGAUUCUGGCAGGCCCACAGCGGCAUCUGCACCCGCACCGUGCAGCACCAGGACUCCCAAGUAAAUUCCCUUGAAGUUACCCCUGACCGCAGUAUGAUUGCCGCUGCAGGUUAUCAGCACAUCCGCAUGUACGACCUGAACUCCAACAACCCUAACCCUGUCAUAAACUACGACGGCGUCAGCAAGAAUAUCACCUCAGUCGGCUUCCACGAAGACGGGCGAUGGAUGUACACAGGAGGGGAGGACUGCAUGGCCCGCAUCUGGGACCUCAGGUCAAGGAACCUCCAGUGCCAGAGGAUCUUCCAAGUCAAUGCUCCCAUCAACUGUGUGUGUCUGCACCCUAACCAGGCAGAGCUGAUUGUGGGCGACCAGAGUGGAGUGAUCCAUAUCUGGGACCUGAAGACAGACCACAACGAGCAGCUGAUCCCAGAGCCAGAGGUCUCCAUCAACUCCGUCCACAUCGACCCUGACGCCAGCUACAUGGCAGCUGUCAACAGCUCGGGAAACUGUUACGUGUGGAACCUGGCCGGGGGGAUGGGCGACGAGGUGACACAGCUCAUCCCCAAGACGAAGAUCCCAGCACACAAACGCUACUCCCUGCGCUGCAAGUUCAGCCCAGACUCCACCCUGCUCGCCACCUGCUCUGCCGACCAGACCUGUAAGAUUUGGAGGACGUCCAACUUCUCCCUGAUGACGGAGCUGAGCAUCAAGAGCAACAACCCCGGGGAGACCUCUAGAGGCUGGAUGUGGGACUGCGCCUUCUCUGGGGACUCCCAGUACAUCGUUACUGCCUCGUCUGACAAUCUGGCCCGCCUGUGGUGUGUGGAGACGGGGGAGAUCAAGAGGGAGUACAGCGGACACCAGAAGGCCGUGGUCUGUCUCGCCUUCAACGACAGCGUCCUUGGCUGAGCAGGGGGAGGAGAGAACCUCUGGAGGAGCCGGGGGGGGGGGCUGGAAUGGUCGCCUGGCCACGCCACACCGUCUCCCCUGAACAGACUUGUUUGGAUGGUUAUUAUAACCCAGACCCAUGUCAGUCUGUGUGAGUCUCACAGCUAUCAGCUGCAUAAAGCUAUUGAAGUCACUGAUCAUGUUUUAUCAUAAAAGCGGGCUAAGACGGUUUUAUUCAUAUUUAUCCUGAGGACCAGAUUUCACCAGGCUGAGGACAUGCCUGCGUUUAUCGUUGUUUGUAAAAUCUAAUAGUUAGUUUCACUCAUGCUUCAACACCUGAAGGUUGAAUGUUUUUUUACAAAUAUUUGACUAUUCUGUUAGUGUAAGAUAUGUCAAGAUCGGGAAGACAACAAUUUUAGAG